AUGGUUCAGCAACAAAAUAUGUGGUGUGAGAUAUGUGGAAGUAGUGAACAUGUGGCUGAAUACUAUAGAGCAAAUCCAGAGUCGGUAAAUUUUGUGGGUAAUGCACCUAGAAAUGGUGGAAACCAAAACUAUAGAAACACAUAUAACCCAAAUUGGAGAAACCAUCCUAACUUCUCAUGGGGUGAAAAUCAGCAAAAUCAACAGCAAGGGCAGACUCAAUACAGACCACAAAGAGGUGGACAACAAUACAACAAUCAUGGUCAAGGAUACAAUCCUCCGAGUCAGAGUAAUCAAGGACCAGGAAAAUCAGGAAGCAUGAGUGUAAAGGACAUGUUGAAACAGAUCAUGACAGACCAAGCUAAGCUAGCUGCAAAUGUUCGACAGAAUCAGUUAGCUACCCAACAGUUAGAAAAACAGCUUGGGCAAUUGGCAAGUGUACAAAGUUCUCGCCAACAAGGGGGUUUACCAGGUAACACUGAUCCAAACCCCAAACAGGUAUAUGCUAUAAGUACCCGCAGUAGUCUUCCACUCACUGAAUUGGCUUCCAAAGCCAAAUCAACAGAGGAUAUCCCAAAGUACGCUAAAUUCAUUAAGUAUACUGUGGCCAAUAAAAGCAAGUUAGCUGAAUUUGCAAUAGUGGCACUCACUGAAGAGUGUAGUUCAAGAAUCUUGAACAAAAGUAAGCUUCCAACUAAACUAAAAGAUCCAGGUACUUUCAUGGUACAAGUAACCAUUGGUAAAUAUAGUAAUGCUAGAGGUCUAUAUGAUCUAGGUGUUAGUAUUAACUUGAUGCCUAGAUCCACGCUUAAGAAAUUGGGCCUGGAAGAACUUAAAGCAACCACUAUCUUGCUACAGUUAGUUGAUCAUUCUGUAGCUAGACCUGACGGUAUCAUUAAAGAUGUUUUGGUACAAGUAGGAUCCCUCAUUUUCCUUGUUGACUUUAUUGUUUUAGAUUUUGAGCCUAACCCUGAUAUUCCUUUUAUCUUGGGACGCCCGUUCUUGGCAAUAGUUGGGGCACUUAUUGAUGUGGCUGCAGGUAGAUUGACUAUGAGAGCACACGAUAAAGUAAAAGUGUUUGAUGUAUAUCAUGCACUGAAGUUAUCUGCAAUCUAUGAAGAGUUGUCUGUUGUAACAAUCAUCGAUGAGGAAGUCUCAGUUCAUUGCACUAUAGCAAGCGAUCCAUUGGAAAAAGUUGUGAUGGGUCAAGAUAUUGAAGAGGACAUGGAAGAUAAAGGGUUAGCCACUGUGCUUGACAUGCAAAAUAUCAGCAUGUGGAAGAAAAGUGUAGAACCUUUGAACAGAGAAUUAGGGCCUUCACGAAAGACUUCUCUAGAAUAA